AUGGUGCUGUUCCGUGCACUGCUCUUUGUGCCUCGCAGAGCUCCAUUCGAUCUCUUCGAGAACAAGAAGAAGAAGAAUAACAUCAAGCUGUACGUGCGCAGGGUGUUCAUCAUGGACAACUGCGACGAGCUCAUCCCAGAAUAUCUCAACUUCAUUAAGGGUGUUGUGGACUCGGAGGAUCUGCCGCUCAACAUCUCCAGAGAGACGCUUCAGCAGAGCAAGAUCCUGAAAGUCAUCCGCAAGAAUCUGGUCAAGAAGUGUCUGGAGCUCUUCACUGAGCUCUCCGAGGACAAAGACAACUACAAGAAAUGCUACGAGCAGUUCUCCAAGAACAUCAAGCUAGGCAUCCAUGAAGACUCUCAGAACAGGAAGAAACUCUCAGAGCUGCUUCGCUAUUACACAUCGGCUUCUGGAGACGAGAUGGUGUCCCUCAAAGAUUACGUGACUCGCAUGAAGGACAGUCAGAAGCACAUCUACUACAUCACCGGUGAGACCAAAGAUCAGGUGACCAACUCUGCUUUCGUGGAGCGCCUGCGCAAAGCCGGUCUGGAGGUGAUCUACAUGAUCGAGCCCAUCGAUGAAUACUGCGUCCAGCAGCUGAAGGACUUCGAGGGCAAGAACCUGGUAUCGGUGACCAAAGAGGGUCUGGAGCUGCCCGAGGACGAGGAGGAGAAGAAGAAGCAGGAGGAGAAGAAGGCCAAGUUUGAGAACCUGUGCAAGAUCAUGAAAGACAUCCUGGAGAAGAAAGUCGAGAAGGUCACCGUCUCAAACCGUCUGGUUUCUUCGCCCUGCUGCAUCGUCACAAGCACAUACGGAUGGACGGCCAACAUGGAGAGGAUCAUGAAGGCCCAGGCAUUGAGGGAUAACUCCACAAUGGGCUACAUGGCGGCUAAGAAGCACCUGGAGAUUAACCCGGAUCAUCCCAUCAUCGAGACGCUCCGCCAGAAAGCAGAAGCAGACAAGAACGACAAAUCGGUGAAGGAUCUGGUGAUCCUGCUGUUCGAGACGGCGCUACUUUCCUCGGGCUUCACGCUGGACGACCCACAGACGCACUCCAACCGCAUCUACAGGAUGAUCAAACUCGGAUUAGGCAUCGACGAGGACGAGGUGUCCACAGAAGAGCCCAGCUCGGCUCCCAUCGAGGACAUGCCGCCGCUGGAGGGAGACGAAGACACGUCUCGCAUGGAGGAGGUCGACUGAGAACGGCCACCGACUCAUUCAUGUUUGUAGCUCUGUAAAAAGAUUAUUGUUCAGAUUAUUGAUUAUUCAUGUUGUUCUUGACCACAUUUCAGUUCCUGUUCAUUCCAGUUUGGUUGGUAAAGCUUUCGGAAACAUCUCGUCAUCCCACAUUCCCUUUUUUGGAAUUUUUUUGUUUUUUUGAGUUGUGUAUGCACUUUGUUUUGUAUUUAUUGAUUAAAAUUCCAAUUCUGAUUUUUGAGUGUUUAAGGGACACUGAUACUGUAUUAUAGACAUGACGGGAUCCUGAAAUAAAGCUUACCAUAUCA